CUCAUGCGACUCCUCAGUUUGUAAUGCAAAUUUAUUUAUAUAUUUUUAACCAGUUUUUAUGGUCUGAGAUAUUUAUAUGAUACAGUGCUUUCCAGUUGUAGAUAUUGAGUUUUUUUUUUUUUUUCGUUUCUUCUCUUUUCAUUUUGUCAUUGUGUCCAACAGUGAGCCGAGUCCGUGGCGCCACCCUCCGCUCCAGUCCUGGUUUUCAGCGCCAGUGCCGGCCGGGCCGGUCCGGUCCCUGCUCCGCACUCCGGCCCUGGUGUUCCCGCUCUCCGGCUCUUUGUCCCCCGGAACUCGCUCUCACUCCUGGCCCGUCCACCGGGGCUUUUUUUUUUUUUUCUACUCGCAUCUGGAUCCCAGUACGAGUCGCAAACAGCCCAGCGUCCUGUGCCGCAGAAACCACGGCGUCUUUAAAUUUGGGAAAGAAAGCAAGAAAAGAAAAAGAAGAAGAAGAAGAAACCCUCCGGCAACUUCCUGCGGUCCGCUGUCCUCCCGUGGUUUAUCCGAGCGUCCAAGCCGUGAAGCAGUUUGUGUGAGACUGUGAUUGUUGCCUCAAGUUGGAGAGAAAGUUUUUCAGUUUUUUUUUUCAGCUCGCCGUUUUCGCACAUAAGUUGUUUUUUGUGUUUUCCUGUCGACUCGGGACUCGAUGGUCAACAAAUACCUGUUGCUUUGAGACGCGCGCGACGUUUUUAACAGGGUUUAGACUUUUCUCCAUUUUUUUUUUCUUUUGGCGUUUUUCCUCUUUUCUCCUUUCUCUCCUGGCUCCCAAUGUGUCGCCGCCGAGCUGGCCUCGGAGCUGCUGCUGUGAAUGAAGUUUCUGUCGAGCUGAAGAAAUCUCCACGAGCAAACCGAGACCAGCUUCACCUGAACCACCAAAACACGCCACACACCUGGGAGGCCGCCCGCCCGCUCUGAGCGUCACCGUUUGCGGCUCUUGUACUUUUUGAAAAGCAUCUUUUCGUUCCUUCCCCCCACUGAACCUUAAAAUGAAGACGCUGUGGGUGCUGUGCGUCGCCUCCACGCUGGCCGUGUUGUCCGUCUCGGCGACCGCGGAGCCAAAGUUGAAGAACUGCAACGAAGUUCGGGAGGCGUUCACGUCCAAAGGCUUCAACAUGAACGAUGCCCCCAACAAGGUGGUGAACGGAGCGCCGCUGAAAGUGUGUCCGCAGGGUUUCUCCUGCUGCACGGCCGAGAUGGAGGACAAGCUGAGCCAGCAGAGCCACUCGGAGAUCAAAGCUCCCGUGUCCCGGCUUAGCACCAGUCUACAAUCCACCUUCAAACAGAGACACGACCACUUUGACAAGUUCUUCAAGGAGCUCCUGAAAAACUCCCAGGCGUCGCUGCACAGCAUGUUCAUGCGGACCUACGGCGUAAUGUACAUGGAGAACUCCCAGCUGUUCACGGACUUCUUUGCCUCGCUGACCCGCUACUACGUCUCGGGCAGCUCCGCCGUCAACCUGGAAUCCAUGCUGUCGGACUUCUGGGCCGACCUCCUGGAGAGGAUGUUCCGGCUGGUCAACGUCCAGUACGAGUUCAGCGACGCCUACAUGGAGUGCGUGAGCCAGUACACGGAGCAGCUGCAGCCCUUCGGCGACGUUCCGCGCAAGAUGCGGAUCCAGAUGACGCGAGCCUUCGUGGCCGCUCGCACCUUCGUGAGAGGCCUCGCCCUCAUGCCAGACGUGGUGAAUAAGGUGUCCACGGUCAGCGCAUCUCCCAGCUGUGUUCGAGCCGCCACGAAGAUGUUGUACUGUCCCUACUGCUCCGGCCAAGUGGCCCUGAAGCCCUGCCAGAAUUACUGUCUGAAUGUGAUGAGGGGGUGUUUGGCUAACCAGGCUGACCUGGACACGGAGUGGAACAACUUCCUCGAUGCCAUGCUGGGCCUGGCCGACAGGCUCGAAGGGCCCUUCAACUUCGAGUCCGUCAUGGACCCCCUCGACGUCAAGAUCUCCGAGGCCAUCAUGAACAUGCAGGAGAACAGCUUGCAAGUCUCGCAGAUGGUCUUCCAGGGAUGCGGGACACCCAAACCCAACAAGGCCUUCCGCUCCAAACGGUCAGGGAAGGAAACGGGCUUCACCGGCCGCUUCCGGCCCUACAGUCCAGAAGCGAGACCGACGACCGCCGCUGGGACCAGUUUAGAUCGGCUGACGGGGGAAGUGAAGAGGAAGCUGAAACACGCGAAGAAGUUCUGGUCCACGUUGCCAGAGACGGUGUGCGCAGCAGAAAGGACCGCACCUGGCGAUGAGUGCUGGAAUGGAACAGCCAAAAGCAGAUACCAAUCGGAUGUGAUUGGCAACGGGCUGGCCAAUCAGGUUUCAAACCCUGACGUCGAGGUGGACAUUACCAAACCAGAUGUCGUGAUUCGCACCCAGAUUGCGGUUUUGAAGGACAUGACGAACCGGCUGAAAGCGGCGCACAGUGGAAACGACCCGACUUUUGAAACAGAGGCUGAAGCUAGCGGAGACGGCGAGAGCGGCAGCGGCUGCGACUCCCCGUCGUGCGGCGAGGACGACAUCUACAUCUUCACCUCGCAGAACCCGGAGAAGCCCAAGGUCAAUUUGGUGCAAACAGACUCGUCAUCGGCGUCCUUACGGGGAAGCCUGGCGCUGGCGCUCUGUGGGCCGGCCCUGGCCCUGCUCGCCCCCCACUGGAGAUAAAGACCAUCAGGACAGGAGAGGAAGAGAAGAUCGACCAGGAAUACAAGAGUGAAGGGGAGCCCUGUCAGAGAGACUUUACAAAGACUUGCCUUCAGGACCUCAGCCUGGGGUGGAUGAGGGAGGGGGAGAGACUCUUCUUGAUAUUACAAUAACUUCAAUAUUAACUAUUUGUAUGUUUGUAAGGACAUCAGUGUACGGCAGGGGGAUUUUUCGUCUGAAAAUCCACCUGUUUUACCCCCCCCACCUCCCAGUUUCAUAAACUUCCUUAGGUUCUGCUUGCAGCAAUACAAACAUAUAGCAAAUUGUGCCUUUUUAAAAACAUUUUUUCUCCCCAGCGAUAUCAAUAACAGUUGAUGAUUGGUUGAACAGGAAGCGCCUGUAUUGAGGCAUCUUCAUAUUUCUGAUGAUCUUGCUGCCCAUCACACAUGGAUCAUUCAUACAACACGCAAACUGUGAAUUCCUCUGGAUAAUCAGCCUAUCAAAUCAUGAUUUGAUAGGCUCAAGCACUCAUCACUCAGAAUUACAGGAAGAUGUUGCAAAAUAGGUGUUCAGCUUCCUCCCGGCACUCGGCUUAUCAGCUUCGUAACACCCUAAACCUUCCCUCUUUUUUUGUUUUGUUUGUUUGUUUACUUGUUGUUUUUUUUAGUUCCAUACCUUGCACAGCUCGUCUCAUACCUCAUGAAUACUCUCAAUGCAAGCCGGCGAUUCGGAGUCAGUCCGGAAACGGUCCCCGUUUCCCCUGGCAACAGCCCUGAAGAAGGUGGCGGGUCACGCCACCCCCCCACCCGGCGCUGGUCGAGUUAGCUCAGUUCAUCACAAGGCGUCUCGGCUCUGCAACGGUCCGAGUCGGGAGAAGUCGAAGCAUUUUGGGGGAUCAACCGGAGAGCGUUUUUUGAUCAACAACAACAACAACAAAAAAUCAGCAAAGUUUAUUACAGGGUUUGUUUUUGUUUUUUGGGGGGUUUUUUGGUAUGAAAGAAUAUAUUUGGUACUACGAUAGAUUUUACGAAAUUCGUCCCGCGUCAUUCACUCACCCGUUUAUUCUAGCUACUUUAAAAAAAUCAUUAGCGCGUACAAAAUGUUGAUGUCUUUGUACUUUUUUUUGGUACUUUUUUGUCAUUUCUUGUUUUGGUUUUUUGUUAAAGCAAAGAAUGUAGGUGUUUUGUAAUUUGCGGCCUAUCCUCGACAUUUCAACCGUAAAAUUCCAGCGUUUUGUACAGUAACUUAUGUCUGUAUUUUAACGGGAUUGGAGAAAGAAUGAUGUAGUAUUGAAUUAAUCAAAACCAGGUGAGCAAAAACAGGUUGAAAAAUUAUUUUUAAAUUAAGUUACCACACAGAUUAAAUUGGUUUGAAUAACAAUUUAGCAUAAAUUGUUUUGUUUUCUUUUUUUCUGGUCUGAAAAAGCUACGUGGGGACAAACGUAAACAAUAGACCAUUUCCCAACUUAACAAUCUUGCUUUUGAAGGAUUUGAUGAAAUCUCUAUGCAACGUAUUGUAAAGUACCGGAGCCUUUAUACGGACGCUUCAGCUUCAUUUGCCAUUACGUUCCUCACAUUUUCAUGUUCCGCAAACAUUUCAGCGAGGGUUUUGUGCGUCGGAAGAGCAAAGUUGUCAAAGAAACAUUCGGAGGAAAUGUUUCAGGUGACGAUGGUGAAUGUCUUUUGUUGGCAGGCCAGGGCAGCAGUGGCGUUUUUUGUUUUGUUUUUUUGUUUGUUUUUCAGCUGGCAGGAAACGGUCCGGCUGCUGGACGCUCAUUCGAUCCACAGAGAAAUGUCAGUCCCAUGACUGAAAUAAUGAUCAAAGAAAAAGAAAAGUCGAACUUGGGACAGGUGUUAGAAAUCCUUCCGCCUGCCUCGCUGGCCCACGAGAAGAGAAAGGACUCGCUCUCUGAGGAGAGGGCGACUGACUGACUGACUGAAAAGUAUGAAUGAUGUGUAAAUAGAGAGCAGCCGUUUCUAGAUGUCUCUAAAAGAGGCCUUAACAGUACACCAGGGUUUUACUUGUCAGAGUAAAAAUAAAUGUUCUGGAAGAAAAUGAGAUGAGAUAGAUGUUAAAUUGUAAGAGAAAAUGUAUAUUAAACAUUUCUUAGUCUUGUGGAAAUAAAGACUGCCAAUAUUUAAAUGAG